UUAACCCACUACCACGGAAUAUACAUUGAAUAUACUAAUUUAUAUGCUUACUACCUACCUCUCUGCAUAUUAUUAUUUAGUUGGUUUUUUUUUUUAUUUCUAGUGAAUCACUACAGGUACAAUACAACUUACACAACAAAUAUUAUUAUACCGACAUAUUAUAUUUACAUCUGCUCAUCAUUUCAUAGGUUUCCAUUAAUCGUCUCCCUAAACUUUAGGUCCGAGAGUGACGUCGUAUCGGCGAUUGAUAAUUGACUAUUAUAUUGGCCAUCAUGUUUAGAAAAUUUGCAUCUGCGGUUUCAACAGUUCGCUUAGCACAGCAAAAUUUCCAGAAUAUUCCAAAGUUUAGACAAAUUUCAAUUACUAAUUCAGUUACACGAUCAUUUUCUUCAUCUCCAGUGUUUAAUAUUAAGGUGCAAGAAGCAGCACCCCAAUUUGAGGGUAAAGCAAUUAUUGAUGGACAAAUAAAAGAUAUAAAACUAUCAGAUUUUGCGGGAAAAUACUUGGUUUUAUUUUUUUAUCCUUUGGAUUUUACAUUUGUUUGUCCAACUGAACUAGUGUCAUUUAGUGAUCACAUUGAUGAAUUCAAAAAAAUUGGUGUAAAUAUAGUUGGAUGUUCGUGUGAUUCACAUUUUUCACAUUUAGCAUUUGUUAACACCCCUCGAAAGCAUGGUGGUUUGGGUGGUCUGUGUUAUCCACUAUUGUCAGAUUAUAAUAAGGAAAUUGCCAAAGCAUAUGAUGUUCUUAUUGAACCAGACGGCAUACCACUCCGUGGCCUUUUUAUUAUAGACCCUAAAGGCAUAAUAAGACAAAUUACCAUUAAUGAUCUGCCAGUAGGACGUAGUGUAGAUGAAGUUCUAAGACUUGUUCAAGCUUUCCAAUUUGUUGACAAACACGGAGAAGUUUGUCCCAUGAACUGGAAGCCAAAUAGUCCAACUAUUAAACCAGAUCCAAACCUUUCAAAAGAAUAUUUUGGUAAAGUUAACAAGUGAAUUAUAGUUCAAUACUGAAAGUACUCAAAAAUAAUUAAAAGUACUUAAAGAUAAACAUGAAUAUUAAUUUAAAAUAAAGUCAUUGAUUAAGAUUUUA